AGCAGACCUUGAAGCUCCUGGGAAGGGCUUCACUAGGUUUGCCCCAAAACCUCCAGAGCGAAUGCAGCCUCAAGACCUCAGGCAGCGCUGAUGUUGCAGGCAGCGCUGAGUGUUUUGGCUUUGGUGCUUGCGCAUGCAGCGAAAACAGCAACGCACCACCCGCGCGCCGUGGCUGGAUACACGCAAGAUCCCGUAUGCAUUAAGCGAAACUGCGUGAACCCAUUGGUGCCCGGACUGGAAGAAUUUGGCAGCAAUGUGUUGAUGGAGUAUGAGCAGAGCGCGUGGACAUGCCAGACGAGCCAGGAUUUGACGAUGCGAAGCAAUCGAAGCCAAGUAGGUUUCUGUGAAAAAGCUAUCUCUUAUUCCUUCUCCGUCCCAGAGGGCGCGGACCAAGAGAGCAUCAUCCAAAGGCAGAUGCAACGGGCUGUGACUAGCUAUGUUGCCCAUUUGCGAGGGCUUGGCCGCGAUUUCUGGGACUAUCAGAAGCCCUGGGAAUCAGAUGAUUGUGUUCAGGCUGUGUGGAGGAUGGCUUGCUACACACAUUUCCCACGAUGCAACGAGAAGAGCCAGGCUGCCUACCUCCGGCCAUGUGCCAGCGCUUGCAAAGGUUACCUGCAAGCUUGCCAAGUCAAUUGCUGUGAUGAUGGUGCAAAGUGUUCCUUCACCCAUCACAAGAAGAUGCCCGAUGGAAACGUGCUAAUUGAAGAGGGAUACGAUCCACAUAAUGGGCCAUCUGCACACUGCACAGGCUGAGGUGCUGCAGUUCAUUCACCCAGUGGUACAAAAAAGCUGCGCAGCUUACACUUCAGCUUUCUGCGAUUCAAGCUCCACCAGUGCAUCUUCUUUGCGAGAUAUAGCUCAACAUCGCUGUAACA